UUCUCCUUUCUCCAGCCGAUUUCCCCUGCCUUCUUCUACCUCGCGCAGGAGUCCUCCCACGGCAACAGCAGCUCUCCCUUCCUCUCCACGGCUGCAGCAGGGCGCCCCUCUUCUCCGGCAGCAAGCUCCCUCCCAUGGCGGCCGCUCCUCCUCCCUCUGCUUCUUGCCGCAGGAGCAGGAGCUCCCUCGGAGCACGCCGGUGCCCCUGCUCUCCCCUUGGCCGCCAGCAGCCAUGGCCGCCAGCCCCCGGCGAGCUCGGGUUCUUCUCCCUGGAACGCAGCAGCUCUGCUCGCCCCCUCCCAUGGCGCUGGCCACUCUCCCAUGGCAUGCUGCCCCCAGCCCGACGUCCUGCAACCUCCAUGGACGCCCCUGUUUUCUUCUUCACGCUGCAGCAGGCAGCCUUUCUUCCCUGCGCGCUGUAGCUCCUUGGGCUGACCUCGGCGAGGUUCGUGUCCAUGGCGACGCAGCAGCUCCAUUCCUCCAUGGCCAGCCGCCCCUCUGUUGCUGCCGAGCACCAGCUCCGGCCAGCAGCCACGGCGCCGAGGAUUCCCUACGCGCGAGCACAAGCCCCAUUUCUUCUACCCCUGUUCGGCGCCCAGCGGCAUCCAUGCGCAGCGCCGCUGCUCCAUUUCCUCCCCAUCUUCCCCACCAAACAGCACCUGCAGCGAGUCGCCGUCGCCCAUGGCCGAGCCCCCUUCCUCCCUGGCCGCCCAGCUCACUGUCCAGGGUGCCCAGAAAAUUUUAG